AUGCCCAAAGACCGCUUCAACAUGAGCCCGUAUCACCAGCUGCCGCUCACGCUGAAGGACCAGCGCAUGCUGCUGGAGAUUGAGAACGACCUGGUCGAGGACACGUUCCGCAAGUACGAGGAGUACGUCAUGAGCAACUCGCAAGUCAAUCCGGCGCGCUGGCGACACCUUAAGUCCAAGGACGACCUCCACAUUUACGCGAAGCGCACAAAGAAGACGGUGAGCAAGAGUAGCUGCAACCCGAACUGUUGCAGCCCAGAUGUCGAGGAAUACGACAGUGCCGGCGCUAAGCCGGUCGUGCUUAGUGUCGGCACCUUCAAAGGGCAGUUGGAUGACCUCAUGUUCGGCACGGUCAACCCGACCGACGACAUCAUGCACGUCAAGGCCUCGUACGUGCAUGACUAUAGCGACGGCGCCGUAUUGGCCACGCUGGUGCGACCCACACCAGAGGAUCCGUUCCGUUCGGUGACAGUGAAGUGGCUACAAAUCGACCUGCCUCUAAGCUCCACUAAGCUCAUUAGGGAUCGCGACUUUCUCUGUCUGGAGGCGUCGGGCAUUCUACACUUCGCCAACGGCGAGCGCGUCGGCUACUUGAUGCUGCACUCGAUUGAGUCGCCACUAGUGCAGCCGCUGCCAAACGUGAUCCGUGCUAAGCACAAUAUCGCCGGGUUCUUCCGGCAAAUCGCCCCUUAUGUCAUCGACACGUUCGCGUUCGAUUCGGUCGAACCGGGCGGUAAUCUACUAGAGUCGGUGGUAUUACCGGUAUGUGCCAAUGCCCUACUAUCCGCUACGAACUACGUUGAGUGCGGCAUCAUGAAGAAAUUGACGUGGAUGCUACAAAGGCGUCAGGCAGCCCUACGUGUGGGUGAUUUAGCUCCCAUGCCGCGCCAAGGAGACCUUUGCGUGACGUGCCGUCGUAACCUCCAGCCUGGUUGUUUAAAUGGUAUUUGGAAGGACAAAUGUAAGAUGUGUUUGGGUGGCUUGUGCUUCGGGUGCAAGGAGGUAAAAACUAUCAGCUUCCUCUCACCGGAUCGAAAGCUGCUACGACACAAGAUCACAUUUUGCGGCUCCUGCAUCACCAUGGCCACGCGAAUCAACGCGAUUGAUGCAGCACGUGACCAGGCUAACGGCUUCCAUGCCUACAACACAACUUAA